UACCAUGGUGACGUUAGGGUCGCUUUUAGCUGCGAGCUUCUCCGCUCAGAUCGCGAAAAGCCGGAGGAAUGAACGAUGCUUUCAUUUCUGCCCUCUCGGUCGACCAGAAUGGCCAAGAGUAAAAGGUACUUAUACACGUGAAAUCUAAUCUUUGUGCCGGCAAACAGGAAAGGCAAUUUUCCAUCGUUUGUGCUGAAAAGCCUUAGAGAGAAUCCACACAACAGAGCAAAGCCAGAAAGAAGCAAAAAUGUACAACGGGGCCACCAGUAAGACAGCGAGAAGUGUGCUCCGGAGUUCCAGUAUAAGUGGAGAGAUGUAUGACAUGGAGAAAAGCAGCACCAGCCAGCAGGAAGCUGUGGCUGACAAUGCCAUAAAGAAGAGGCGGUCCAGUCUUGGUGCCAAAAUGGUGGCUAUCGUCGGACUGUCGCAAUGGAGCAAGAGUACAACACAACUUAACCAGACCACUCCCAAGAAUAUCUCCGCUGUCUUGUGCCAGGGGAUCGUAGGACACUGGCUUGCGCCCAUGAUUGCCCCACGUGAGGCAGCUCCAAAGAAAUUACGCAGCAACAUCCGAAGGAGCACGGAGACUGGGAUUGCUAUGGAAAUGAGAAACCGCGUGACACGGCAAGGCAGCAGAGAAUCAACAGACGGCAGCACCAACAGUAACAGCUCCGAUGGCAAUUUGGUUUUCCCCACAGCACGAUUGGGAGCAGAUGGCCAAUUCAGUGAUUUUUUGGAUGGAAUUGGCCCUGCACAGCUUGUGGGGAGACAAACAUUGGCAGCACCUUCCAUGGGUGAUAUUCACAUUGGGAUGGCUGACCGAAGUGGACAGCUGGAGGUGGAGAUUAUUCAAGCCAGGGGACUGACCCCAAAGCCUGGUACGAAAGCUCUGCCAGCUCCAUACAUUAAGGUGUACCUGCUGGAGAAUGGUGUGUGUAUAGCAAAGAGAAAAACCAAGCUAUCAAGGAAAUCCAUGGACCCUGUUUACCAGCAAGCUUUAUUGUUCGAUGAAGGCCCACAGGGGAAGGUCUUACAGGUCAGUGCUGAUAGCUACUGGGAAUACAUGGUGUAUUGACGAUAGGUCGGUGCUGAUAGUUAC